AACAAACAGAUCCUCUACAUCUGCCCGUACAGAGUCCGGUUCCGAAGCGCGUGAAGGCGGAAGUGGUGGUGGCCGGCGCGGCCGGAAGUUCAGAUCAGCUGAUGGGGGAGGCGGCGCCGCAGCAGCCGAGAGGCCCCGGCUGCCUAGCGCUUCGCCCGGGCCCUGAGUCUCGGAUACUGGCCACAAUCCCCUUUCGCACCUCGCAGUUGGGCGAGGCCCGGUUCUAUAUCCCUUCCAGGCUUGAGAUCCUCGUCCGGCACGGCCGCCCUGAGCGCCCCGGCUACCCCCAGCCCCGGCUCGCCCCUCAGGCCCCGGGCCUCCCCUCAGCCCCCGGCCGGCGGCCCAGGCCCCGGAUCCGCGGGGGGGGACCCGGCCCCGGGGGGUGCAGGCCCCAUGGAGCUGAUGUUCGCGGAAUGGGAGGACGGAGAGCGCUUUUCAUUCGAAGAUUCGGAUCGCUUUGAGGAGGAUUCGCUCUGUUCCUUCAUCUCCGAGGCCGAGAGCCUCUGCCAGAACUGGCGGGGAUGGCGCAAACAGUCCGCGGGGCCCAAUUCCCCCACUGGCGGCGGUGGCGGAGGUGGCAGUGGCGGUACCAGAAUGCGAGAUGGACUGGUGAUCCCAUUGGUGGAGCUAUCAGCAAAGCAGGUGGCAUUUCAUAUCCCAUUUGAAGUGGUGGAGAAAGUUUAUCCCCCAGUGCCUGAGCAGCUACAGCUCCGAAUUGCUUUUUGGAGCUUCCCUGAGAAUGAAGAGGAUAUCCGGCUGUAUUCGUGCCUAGCCAAUGGCAGUGCGGAUGAGUUCCAGCGAGGGGACCAGCUGUUCCGCAUGAGGGCUGUGAAAGACCCCCUGCAGAUAGGGUUCCACCUGAGUGCUACAGUGGUGCCACCUCAGAUGGUCCCCCCCAAAGGGGCCUACAACGUGGCUGUGAUGUUUGACCGCUGCCGGGUCACUUCCUGCAGCUGCACCUGUGGGGCUGGGGCCAAAUGGUGCACUCACGUCGUGGCACUCUGUCUCUUCCGCAUCCACAACGUGAGGCCCUCCCAAUUUAUCCCGGUCCUAUCCUACGCUCCAUCCCCCCCUUCUCUGCUGCAUGCCUGGCCACAACCUUGUUCUAUUUCUCUGUGUCCCCUGCAGGCUUCUGCAGUCUGCCUGCGUGCCCCGGUCUCAGAGUCCCUAUCUCGGCUGCAGAGGGACCAGCUGCAGAAGUUUGCUCAGUACCUCAUCAGUGAGCUCCCUCAGCAGAUCCUCCCCACAGCCCAGCGGCUUCUGGAUGAACUCCUCUCUUCCCAGUCAACAGCCAUCAAUACCGUGUGUGGAGCCCCCGACCCCACAGCAGGGCCAUCUGCCUCUGACCAGAGUACCUGGUAUUUGGAUGAAUCGACACUCACCGACAACAUCAAGAAGACUCUGCACAAGUUCUGUGGACCCUCGCCUGUGGUCUUCAGUGAUGUGAACUCCAUGUACCUGUCUUCCACGGAGCCUCCAGCUGCUGCUGAAUGGGCAUGUCUGCUGCGCCCUCUGAGGGGCCGCGAGCCAGAGGGGGUCUGGAACCUGCUUAGCAUUGUGAGGGAGAUGUUCAAACGGAGGGACAGCAAUGCUGCCCCCUUGUUGGAAAUCCUCACUGACCAGUGCCUCACCUAUGAACAGAUAACAGGUUGGUGGUACAGCGUGCGCACCUCCGCCUCCCACAGCAGUGCCAGUGGGCACACAGGGCGUAGCAAUGGGCAGUCAGAGGUUGCAGCCCACGCGUGUGCCAGCAUGUGCGAUGAGAUGGUCACACUGUGGAGGCUAGCUGUUCUGGACCCUGCACUCAGCCCUCAGCGCCGCCGGGAACUGUGUGCACAGCUUCGCCAGUGGCAGCUGAAGGUGAUUGAGAACGUGAAGCGGGGGCAGCACAAAAAGACCCUGGAGCGGCUCUUCCCUGGCUUCCGGCCGGCGGUGGAGGCAUGCUACUUCAACUGGGAAGAGGCCUACCCGCUUCCCGGUGUCACCUACAGCGGCACGGACCGGAAGUUGGCACUGUGCUGGGCCCGAGCCCUGCCACCUCGGCCAGGUGCCUCCCGAUCUGGGGCCCUGGAGGAAUCACGGGAGCGUCCCCGACCUCUUCCUUCUGAGCCAGCUGUGCGGCCCAAGGAGCCUGGGGCCAAGCGCAAGGGAUUGGGUGAGGGGGUCCCCUCAUCGCAGCGGGGGCCCCGCCGCCUCUCUGCUGAAGGGGGAGAUAAGGUUCUGCAUAAGAUGGGUCCAGGUGGGGGCAAAGCCAAGGCACUGGGUGGGGCUGGCAGUGGGGGCAAGGGUUCAGCAGGCGGUGGGAGCAAGCGACGGCUGAGCAGUGAAGAUAGCUCCCUGGAGCCAGAUUUGGCCGAGAUGAGCCUGGAUGACAGCAGCCUGGCCCUGGGUGCAGAGGCCAGCACCUUUGGUGGAUUCCCUGAGAGCCCUCCACUCUGCCCUCCUCCCGGUGGCUCCCGAGGUCCUUCCACCUUCCUUCCUGAACCCCCAGAUACUUACGAAGAAGAUGGUGGUGUGUACUUCUCAGAAGGGCCUGAGCCUCCCACAGCCUCUGCUGGCCCCCAUGGCCUGUUGCCUGGGGAGGUCUGUACUCGGGACGACCUCCCUUCCACAGAUGAGAGUGGCAGUGGGCUCCCCAAAGCUAAAGAGGCAACCACCGCAGUCGGAGAGGAGGAUGAUGACUACCAGGCAUAUUAUCUGAAUGCCCAGGAUGGGGCUGGGGGCGAGGAGGAGAAGGCCGAGGGCGGGGCCGGGGAGGAGCACGACCUGUUUGCCGGGCUGAAGCCACUGGAGCAGGAGAGCCGCAUGGAGGUAUUGUUUGCCUGUGCUGAGGCCCUGCAUGCGCACGGCUACAGCAGUGAGGCCUCCCGCCUCACCGUGGAGCUUGCCCAGGACCUGCUAGCCAACCCACCCGACCUCAAGGUAGAGCCGCCCCCUGCCAAGGGCAAGAAAAACAAGGUGUCUACGAGCCGUCAGACCUGGGUGGCCACCAACACCCUGACCAAGGCAGCCUUCCUGUUGACAGUGCUAAGUGAGCGUCCGGAGCACCACAACCUGGCCUUCCGUGUUGGCAUGUUUGCCUUGGAGCUGCAGAGGCCCCCGGCUUCUACCAAGGCCUUGGAGGUGAAGCUGGCAUACCAGGAGUCUGAGGUGGCUGCUCUGCUCAAGAAGAUUCCUUUGGGUCCUAGUGAGAUGAGUACCAUGCGGUGCCGGGCAGAGGAGCUCCGGGAGGGGACGCUCUGUGACUAUCGGCCCGUUUUGCCUCUCAUGUUGGCCAGUUUCAUCUUUGACGUUCUCUGUGCUCCAGUGGUUUCUCCCACGGGUUCCCGGCCUCCGAGUCGUAACUGGAACAACGAGAUGCCUGGGGAUGAGGAGUUGGGAUUUGAAGCAGCAGUUGCUGCCUUAGGUAUGAAGACAACAGUGAGUGAGGCAGAGCAUCCCCUCCUGUGUGAAGGCACACGUCGGGAGAAGGGUGACCUGGCACUGGCACUAAUGAUCACUUACAAGGAUGACCAAGCCAAGCUCAAAAAGAUCUUAGACAAACUCUUGGACCGAGAGAGCCAGACGCAUAAGCCCCAGACACUGAGUUCAUUCUACUCAUCUAGCCGCCCAGCCACAGCCAGCCAGAGGUCUCCUUCAAAGCAUGGGGGCCCAUCUGCCCCAGGGACCUUGCAACCGCUGACCUCGGGCUCUGCAGGGCCUACUCAGCCAGGGAGUGUGGCAGGGGCUGGGCCAGGCCCCACUGAGGGCUUCACAGAGAAGAAUGUGCCUGAAAGUUCCCCACAUUCUCCCUGUGAGGGUCUCCCAUCUGAGGCAGCUUUGACCCCCAGGCCAGAAGGGAAGGUUCCCAGCCGCCUGGCACUUGGCAGUCGUGGAGGCUACAAUGGACGGGGCUGGGGCUCCCCAGGGCGGCCUAAGAAGAAACAUACAGGUAUGGCCAGCAUUGAUAGCAGUGCCCCUGAAACCACAUCGGAUAGCUCUCCCACCUUAAGCCGGAGGCCACUUCGAGGGGGCUGGGCCCCCACCUCCUGGGGCCGAGGACAGGACAGUGACAGCAUUAGCAGCUCUUCCUCGGAUUCUCUGGGUUCCUCGUCCUCCAGUGGAAGUCGCCGGGCCAGUGCCAGUGGAGGGGCCCGGGCGAAGACCGUUGAAGUUGGCAGGUACAAGGGCCGCCGUCCCGAGAGUCAUGCCCCUCAUGUACCCAAUCAGCCAUCAGAGGCAGCUGCGCACUUCUACUUCGAGUUGGCGAAGACGGUGCUGAUCAAGGCAGGGGGCAACAGCAGCACUUCCAUUUUCACACAUCCAUCUUCCUCAGGGGGCCACCAGGGUCCUCACCGCAACCUGCACCUUUGCGCCUUCGAGAUUGGGCUUUAUGCCCUUGGCCUGCACAACUUUGUUUCUCCCAACUGGCUCUCACGUACUUAUUCUUCCCACGUUUCCUGGAUUACAGGUCAGGCAAUGGAGAUUGGCAGUGCAGCUCUGACUAUACUGGUAGAAUGCUGGGAUGGACACCUGACACCCCCUGAGGUUGCAUCCCUGGCUGACAGGGCAUCACGGGCACGAGACUCCAAUAUGGUGAGGGCAGCAGCGGAGCUAGCCCUAAGCUGCCUGCCUCAUGCCCAUGCACUGAACCCCAAUGAGAUCCAGCGGGCCCUGGUGCAGUGCAAGGAGCAGGAUAACCUGAUGUUGGAGAAGGCCUGCAUGGCAGUGGAAGAGGCGGCUAAGGGUGGGGGUGUAUACCCCGAAGUGUUGUUUGAGGUUGCUCACCAGUGGUUCUGGCUAUAUGAGCAGACAGCAGGUGGCUCAUCCACAGCCCGGGAAGGGGCUACAAGCUGUAGUGCCAGUGGGAUCAGGGCAGCUGGGGAGGCUGGGCGGGGGCUGCCUGAGGGCAGGGGGGGCCCAGGGACUGAGCCGGUUACAGUGGCAGCGGCGGCAGUGACAGCAGCAGCCACAGUGGUGCCAGUCAUCUCAGUGGGGUCCAGUUUAUAUCCAGGUCCAGGACUGGGGCAUGGUCAUUCCCCUGGCCUGCACCCCUACACUGCUCUACAGCCCCACCUGCCCUGCAGCCCUCAAUACCUCACCCACCCAGCUCACCCUGCCCACCCAAUGCCUCACAUGCCCCGGCCUGCCGUCUUCCCUGUGCCCAGCUCUGCAUACCCACAGGGUGUGCAUCCUGCCUUCUUGGGGGCUCAGUACCCUUACUCAGUGACUCCCCCCUCACUUGCUGCCACUGCUGUGUCUUUCCCCGUCCCUUCCAUGGCACCCAUCACAGUACAUCCCUACCACACAGAGCCAGGGCUCCCACUGCCCACCAGUGUGGCCUGUGAGUUGUGGGGACAGGGAACAGUGAGCAGUGUCCAUCCAGCAUCCACAUUUCCAGCCAUCCAGGGUGCCUCGUUGCCUGCCCUGACUACGCAGCCCAGCCCUCUGGUGAGCGGGGGGUUUCCACCACCCGAGGAGGAGACACACAGUCAGCCUGUCAACCCACACAGCCUACACCACCUGCACGCUGCCUACCGUGUUGGAAUGCUGGCACUGGAGAUGCUGGGUCGCCGAGCACAUAAUGAUCACCCCAACAACUUCUCCCGCUCCCCCCCCUACACUGAUGAUGUCAAAUGGUUGCUGGGGCUGGCAGCAAAGCUGGGAGAUCGUCAUGGAGACGCUGCAGCGGCUGAGCCCUGCUCAUGCCCACAACCACCUGCGUGCCCCGGCCUUCCACCAACUGGUGCAGCGCUGCCAGCAGGCAUACAUGCAGUAUAUCCACCACCGCCUGAUUCACCUGACCCCUGCCGACUACGACGACUUUGUGAACGCGAUCCGCAGUGCCCGCAGCGCCUUCUGCCUGACACCCAUGGGCAUGAUGCAGUUCAACGACAUCCUGCAGAACCUCAAGCGCAGCAAACAGACCAAGGAGCUGUGGCAGCGGGUCUCACUCGAGAUGACCACCUUCUCCCCAUGAAUCUGGCCCCUCUAGGGUCCUAUACGGGGACACAGGCCUGUGGCUAUGGGGGCCCCUCACACAGAGGGAGUGAAUCUUGGCUGGACAGAUCAUCCCCACUCAGUUCUCUGGUAGCCCAGACUGGCAGCUGCUCCUGGGCUGUAGCUUGGGGCCAAGAUGUCUCAGACCCUAGAAGCCUAGGGUUGGGGGAGACCACCCUGUCUGGGAGGGGGCAUUGGGUGGCCUCUGGUAUUUAUUUGGCAUUUAUAAAUAUAUAAACUUCUUUUUUACUCUA